GGAGAAUGUUGAAUUCUGUUAAAUUAGCCACAGCAAUAAAUGGCUUUCCUGUCCUUACUGUACCCAUGGCAACUGGGGUAUCAAUUGGGUUAUUUGAAUUGUAGAUUACCAAAUGGACUGAGCAGUGGACCAUGGCAAGGAUUAAUGCCAACUCUUCAAACAUGGACUGAUAUUGCUUGGUAGCAUCUGCCAUGUCUGAAUGCAAUGCCAGCUCUCUGGAAAGAUGUGACUUGCUUGGACGAUCAGAGCCUGAGCUGCAGGAGGUUGAGACUAGUUUAAUCCCUGUUGUGAUUAGGGUGGCUUUGGCUGCCAUUAUGAUCUUCAUGAUUACUAUUGGUUUUUUGGGCAAUUCAAUAGUAUGUUUGAUUGUCUAUCAGAAGCCAGCAAUGCGCUCAGCUAUCAACCUGCUCCUAGCCACACUAGCCUUCUCAGACAUUAUGCUCUCUCUGCUGUGUAUGCCUUUUACUGCUGUGACUGUAACCUCCACAGACUGGAGUUUCGGAGUAGGAUUCUGUCAAGCCUCUGUCAUGUUUUACUGGUUCUUUGUCCUGGAGGGCGUCUCCAUCCUGCUUAUCAUCAGCGUGGAUCGAUUUCUCAUUAUUGUGCAGAGGCAGGACAAGUUAACGCCACAUCGUGCCAAAGUUCUGAUCUCAAUAUCAUGGGCUCUAUCCUUCUGUGUGGCACUUCCAUCACUUGUAACCUGGAGGACGGGUAUCGUCAUGGAACGUGUGCCCCAGUGUAUUCUGGGAUAUAGUGACUCACUGGCAGAACGGGGUUACAUGGUGGUGUUGGCAGUGGCAGUUUUCUUUGUUCCAUUUAGUGUCAUGCUGUAUUCCUACCUGUGCAUUCUAAACACAGUGCGCAGGAACGCUUUGCGCAUCCACACCCACGUUGCUGAAGACUGUGCAGCACUCAAACUGGGGCUUACAGGUUUACAGCGCCCCCCACAGGUCAAUGUGGACAUGAGCUUCAAAACCAGGGCUUUCACAACCAUCCUCAUCCUCUUCAUUGGCUUCUCUGUGUGUUGGCUUCCUCAUACGGUGGUGAGCCUUUUGGCUGUUUUUAGUCGCAGUUUCUACUUCAGUCCAGCAUUUUAUCCAGUUAGCAUAGGUGCUUUGUGGCUUAGUUACUUAAAGGCUGUAUUUAACCCUAUUAUUUAUUGCUGGAGGAUCCGUAAAUUUCGUGAAGCCUGUUUAGACUUCAUGCCCAAGACAUGCAGGCUUUGCCCCAAGGUCCCUGGUCGAAGUCACAGGCGUAUAAGACCCAGCAAUAUUUAUAUAUGUAGCAGUGAGAUUCAGUCAGCUGUUUAGCAUUUAAAAUUGAAAACAAUUUAUGUUCAAUUCAAUUUACAUUCCCUGACAAACACCUGCCAGGAAUACAAAAAGAAAUGACACAGACACAUUGACUUUAACAAGACAGGUACUGGUUAUUCUAGCCUUUAAAGUUUUAAAACAACAAUAAAUCAAUGCAGUACAUACAAAGGCAAGUUAAUGUUUUAUUUUUGUAAUGCCAUAUAUUCAGAAAUAAUCACAACACCAUUUAAAACCAUGUAUAUUAGCGAA